AUGUUUACUUUCCUGGUAACACUGCUGUUUAUUGCAUUUUGGACUUAUCAUUUAUGGUGGAAGAGAAGAAAUCUCCCUCCAGGACCUGUUCCAUUGCCAUUUGUUGGUACGACAAUAAAAUUUUAUACAGUCAUCGUUUUUAAAAUCAAGUUAAAAAACAUAUUUUUAUAGGUAAUUCCCUCCAAUUCAAGAAAUUUCAAUCCACCGAAGCCGCGUACAUUGCCUGGAGAAAAGAAUACGGAGAUAUUUUCACCUUCUGGUUGGGAGAUCGGCCGGUAAUUGGGGUAUGCAGCUAUGAUUUGAUGGUGGAAUAUUUCCAAAAACAAGGAGAAAAAUUUGAAGAUCGCCCGCCGGACAGAGAGCUCCAUGAAUUCACGAGAGGAUACUUCAAAGGCCUUAUCCAUGUGUACGGUCCGUUGUGGAAAACGCAACGUAGAUUUGCACUACAUGUGUUGAGAGAUUUUGGGCUGGGAAAGGAUUUGAUGGAGAGGAGGAUUCUGGAAGAGUGUGAGAGUUUGUUGGCAAACUUGGAAGAGGAGAGGACAAGUGGUGCAAAGGAAAUUCCAAUCACUUGUGAAAUCGACAGAGCGAUUGGUUCUGUCAUCAAUUCGGUUCUUUUUGGAUACAGAUACACCAAGGAGAAUAUCCAGGAGUUUGAGGUGGGCUUUCUUUUCUGAAUUGCGGCUAGACCCCAUGUUUUUUUCUUAUAGUGUUAGUUGGGCCAAGGCUGGCCUUUUUGGAAGUAUUAUUUAGGCCUCAUAGGUUUAAUUGACUAACAAGAAGGUCUUCUUCAACAAAAAAAAACAUUUCUGUUCCAGGACCUAAAACAACGUGCUCAAAUGUUCCUUCGAACCAUGGGCCUUCCAAUUGUCAUGUUCUCUCGCUUCCAUCCCAAAUUCUACCAAAAUGUCCCCAUCGUCGGAAGGUAUAUCAAACUUUGCCAACGUCUGGGCUAUCACAUGCUGGACUUUUUCGUCCAAAGAAUCAAAGAGCAUAUGAAGGAGCUGGAAAACGAAGACAUGGAGACUCUGGAAGCCAACGAUCUUGUAGCUGCUUUCUUGAAAGAGAAGGCAAGAUUGGAUCGGCUAAACGAGCCACAUUACUUCUCAUUGGAGCAGCUUAACGUUUUCUGCUUUGAUAUUUGGGUAGCUGGACAAGAGACCACUAGUAAUACACUUGGUUGGGGCAUCGCUUAUUUGGUUCUAAAUCCAGAGCUUCAAAAGAAAAUCCACGAAGAACUGGAUCGGGUGAUUGGAAACGAAAGGAUGAUUACUAUUGCUGAUAGAGCUGAAUUGAAUUAUGUUCAGGCGGUUUGCCAUGUAAGUAGCAGCACCUUUACUUUAUACAGUAACCCCUUAUUGUUUCAGGAGACUCAAAGAUUGGCCAAUUUGGUUCCAAGCAAUGUCAUCCACGCCACAACCGAGGAUGUCAAUUUUGAAGGCUACCAUCUAAAGAAAGCGCAAUCAAUUACUCCACUUAUAUCUUGUCUGUUGUAUGAUGAAAAGGCAAGAUAUCUUCAUAAUUAUUACCUAUUACUUUCAGAUAUUUCCCGAGCCUUUCAAAUUCGAUCCCACCCGUUUUCUGGAUUCGGAAGGGAAGGUUCAGAAGGUAAAAGAAUUAAUUCCGUUUUCGAUUGGAAAGAGACAAUGUUUGGGGGAGAAUAUGGCCAGGAUGGAGCUCUUCUUGUUCGUGGCCAAUCUCACUCAUCGCUAUCACAUAUUGCCUGGAGCGGAGUUGCCGGACAUCUCGAGACAUCAUGCCAUUACGGCACAUAUCAAAGACUUUACCGUGAAACUUGUGCCGAGGUUCAAGUGA